UUUUGAACUGUGACGUUUAGUAGUAUUGUUCAUGAACGAAAUUACUUUUCAUUCAACUUGAUUUUUAAUUCAUAUCGACUCUCGUUUUACCUUUUUGUUACCUUUUGCUAAGUAUUCAAUACCUACGUUAUAGUGUGAAUUAUUUUACGCUAAAAGGCAACGAAUGAAGCACUAAAAUCUAUAAAUAAAUUCGUCGUUUGAAAAUUUUGAUUGUGAUGUAAAGUUAAAAUUAUAAUCAUAAAACAAAAGUUGUUAAGAAUUAUAAAUAGCAAUAUUUUGUUGUGCUGCGAUAAAAUGAAAAUAUAUUGUUUAUAAUAAAAUGUUCUGGUGAUAAGUGUCUAAUCAAAAGCAUGAUGAUGCAGUCGUCGUCCGAGGGUUGUAUGGAUAUCGCGGAGCUGGCAAACCAGCUCCGUCGAGAAAAGAUCUUUAUAAACUCAGAGAGACAGCUGCUCCAAAAUCUCAAUGAGGAAAUGGAAAAAACAGUUUUGGAGUUGCUCCAAGCUGCAUGGAUAUGUUCACAGCAACGUCAAAAUCUUACCAACUUGGUAACAUCGAGAUGUGAGGCUGAAUCUGUUGCAGCUUGCCAGCGGGCAAGCCUUCUUGAAGGGACUACUUUCAUAGAUGCCCACAAAGUCUUAAAAUACAAGGAGGCACAAGCAUUAGGUGAACUGCUAGGAUGGCUCAGAGAUACUCCGAACCUGAUGGCAUUGUGUCUUCUGCUUGGAGAAGACCACAUGCCACCAAGUCUACCUUCCUCACUGGUAGCUGGACUGUACGGGAGCUGCCGUUCUCCAGCAGACAGAACUAGAUUCUUGGCAGUGUUACGAUCAUUGAUCAAACAUCAAAUGGCAACUUCGAGUGAUCCAAGGAAAUUAUUUCGCACAAGCAAGUGUGCGCUCUCAUCUCUAUACGCGGUGUUCCGGGACGGUCACUCCCCCGCUCGACAGUUCCUGGUGCAGGCGCUGCACGCGCCCGUGAUGGCGGUCCUGCACGAGGACGAGUUCUUCCUCGAUAUCGAUCCCGAUAAGGCUAUGGAGAGAUUUUCGCUCCCGGACCGUCUCAAAAAAUUCGGUCAAUCGAACAGCAACGAAUAUAAUGCAAAAGUAGCGCGUUACCGGAAAUGGACGGUGCAGUCCCUAUACAACCUAACAAGCAAAUUUAUCGCAUCGCUCAAGGAGCACUGGGCGAACUUCCCGGCGACCAUUGCGUGGAUUGUACAGCAGAUUGUGCACUUCCUGAAGCAGAAUUCAAGGACGACAGACCGCGAGAUCCACUCGAUCUGCACGGAGCUGGUGCUGAGCAACUUCAUCUGCCCGGCGAUCGUGAGCCCCGAGGCGCACGGCGUCAUCGACGUGCCCGUGUCCUACAUCGCGCGCUUCAACCUCAUCCAGGUGGCGCAGAUCGUGCAGAUGCUCUGCCUGUCGCGUUACCAGGAGGUGGAGCCAAAGGUGCGCGACCUGUACAUGAAGUUUGAGCGGUCGUGCGUGUGGUCGCUGGUGGAGGGGGUAGCGGGCGAGGCGAGCGCGCCGGCCGCCGCCGAGCCCGCGCCGCCCGCCGCGCCGCGCACCGCCGCGCCGCCGCGCGCCGCCGCCGCGCUCUACACGCCGCACGACGCGCAGCUGCUGAUAACAUUCCUAAAAAGAAUCUCAUCUAAACUGAACAACAACACGCAGAAUGGUAGUGAUGAAAUCGCUGGCAGUUCACAAAACAACGACGAAUCCGAGUUCAGUGAGACUGGCGCGGCGGCGGGAGGCGCUCGGCUGGCGGCGCGACUGGCGGCCAGCGAGCCCAACUACCGCGCGAGGCUGCACGACUUGCUGAGGAAGAUGCCCGACUUCUCUGCAUAUCCUGCCCCCAGGUCGUCCCCAACAGACGGCAAGGACACGCAGCCGGAGAGCGGCCACGGCAAGCGCGGCAUCCUCGGCAAGGUGGCCCGCGGCCGCGCGCCGCGCUCCGCGUCCGACGAGCGCCCGGAGCGGGACGAGCCCGAGGUGCUCGUCAUCAAGCUGGCCGGCACCGAGGACCACGACUAUGUUGGGCUGGAGCCGGAGUCCAAGGUUCUGGAGUACUACUACUGCGGCGAGGGCGAGACGGAGGAUGGUGGCUCAUUAGUUCCGCAAGGAGCCACCGCGCCCGUGCAGAAACGCACCAGAUUUUCGGUGUCGCACGACGAGGUGUCAUUAGGAAACACAUCAGACAAUCUGGAGGCAGUCUCAGAAGCGGCCUCUAACCAUAGCGUCACGUCCAGCUUGGAGCUGGAGACAGAGGACCAGAACGACAACCUCUCCGACAUGGUUUCAGCUAACGUAAGUGGUAGAGGUAGUCCGAACAUAUCGGGCAGGGAGACCCCCUCGUCGCAGGUUACCGACGGAGACACCGCGGGGGAUGUCCCGCCGACACGGAUCCAGGCGAACGCACCAGCGAGUCAGGCCGCGAGCGCCGCGCAGGCGAAACUGCUCAAGCAGACGAGGAACGAUAUCGAGGAUAAAUUCUGUAAAUUUGAAAUUAAGAAACUUCUGGAGGGCGACGAGACGAUCAGCAUAAUGUCGGACACGUGGAGCACGGACGUGCUCGCGUCGGACUCGGAGACCAUCGGCGACUCCUGCGACCACACGCAGGUCGCGGCCGGCCAGGGAGGUAACGUGAAUAGCACAAUCGCGCCGGACGUGUCGGAGACGGCCAGCGAGUCGGCGUGGAGCAUGGACGUGCUCGCCUCCGACAGCGACCGGAACACUGAGGUGGACACGGAUGACUGCGUGUCGGUGGCGGCGCGCUCCGACACGUCGUGGCCGCGCCGCGCCUCGCAGCUCGACGAGCCGCGCCCCGUACGUACCAAUGGCAAUGCUAAGCGGCCAGAAGUUGGCAGCCCUCGGCACACAUCACGAUCAAAUUUACCAAACAGAAGCGGCGGGUACCAAAGUGCGACGGCGGCGCUUUGCCGCGGCGGCGAACUGGACUUACUGGCGCAACACGCGCAGUUCCCCAUCGAGAAUCGGAAGAGCAUCCUCGUCAACGGGUACCCGGUGAUGACGUGCUACGCGUCGGCCCCAGACAGUCCGAGCACAGCGGCCGCCGCGCUGUCCAACGACAUAUUCGACUAUGUGCAACAGAACAGUACAAACACUCCGUCCGAGUCGACAGUGGAGGGGGCGGUGGCGGCCGAGGAGGGAGGCGAGGGCCCGAGCAGCAUAUCCGGCGCGGGCUCCGACGCGACCAGCCAGUGGGUCGACGACAGCUUCCUGCCAAAGUACAUGCCAUCCACGUCUAAAGCGUACGAUGACAAUGAUAUGGACAGGUCACUGAACUCAAGCGAGAGCUCGUUCAACGCACUGUCCGUGUCCCAGUAUGAACGUCGCUUCGACAGCGGCGUGGAGACCGACCGGCCGGAGAACGAACCACGCUCCGCCAUGUCCGACCUCAUGACCCGGAUGAGCUCCGCCACAAUAUCAACCUCUAACCUCGUCAACAACCUCACCUCGAGAAUCGUCAAAUCUGAGAUCCGGACUAGUAUAGUCAACAUCAGUUCGUCUAGAAUAGAGAAGAAGCGUGAAGCAAGCAACAUAUCUCUCAGUACGUUGUCAGUGAAUAGUGUGGACACGUCGGUGUCGGACAAGAGUUCGAGUCAGGACGUGAACUCGGAUAACGUGACCGAGAGGAGGAUCAGCCCGCCGCCGGUCAAGACUGUGUCGACAGGGGCCAUACCGAAGAGUAUUAGUUUUGACGCCACAGCUGAGAAAUCACAGCGGAGGCGGAUUGUGGGUGAAGACGGUCUCGUUGGUAACUUGGACGAGUUAAAGAAUAACGUGAAACGCUCCGGUGGCAAUCUUUUGCACAAAAUCAAGAUGUUCCGGCAUAAGGGCAGAUCGCAUCACCAAGACAUGAAGGUGUCAGAAGAGGAGGCGGCGGGCGAGGAGGGCGGUCGGGUGACGCGGGAGGGGGAGAGCUCGGAAGAGAUCCUCGCCAAGUACCGGCGCGCUGCGGACUGCGCGCCGCGCCGCGCCGAGCGACACGACGCGCACGAUGCGCAGGCGCAGGACUUGGAGAGGUGCGAGGGUGUAGUGGACCUCAACGAUCCCGAGGUGUUCAACAGUAUGAAGCGACGCCUGCGCGUCGUGCUCUCCAGUACAGAUUUUCAUUCUGUUGAAUAUGUACCUAAUCGCUGCACGAGCGCGUCGCUGGUGGAGUGGGUGCGCGCGGGCGGCGGCGCCGAGGCGGCCGCGGCGGCGCGCGCGCUGUCGGCCGCGGGCGCGCGCGCCGGGCGCCUGGCAGCCGCCCUGCGCGCCGACCUCGCCGCGCGCCGCCCCUACGCCGCCUACCUCGCCUCCUGCCGCGCCGCGCUCGCGCACGCGCUGCACGACCUGCACAAUCAGAUCAAGCUGGUGCGCUGGGAGUGGGCGAGCAUGGCGCGCGCGGCGGCGGCGGCGCGCGUGCUGGAGCAGCUGGAGCGCGGGCCCGCGCUGCGCCGCCUCGCCGCGCACCACGCGCACACGCACGCUCUGCUCAACGGUGGCGAGCUAAUGGACGAAAGAGCAACAAGACUGAUGGCCAGCAUAAGAGCGAUCACCGCUGAAAUUAAAUCAGAUCCUUCCUGGGAAGGAGCAACUUCGACCAUUCUCGAGAGUGCCGAAAUAACGGUCGAACGAGCUGUGUUCUCUCGCCUGUACCUACAUGUGCUCUUCCCCAACGGAGAUGGAGAUAUUGCACGUGAUCAGGUGCUCAGCGAGCACAUCCGGCGGCUGGGCGCGAGCGCGAGCGCCGGCCGCGUGGGGCUGGCGCCGCGCCACGCCUGGGCCGCGCCCUUCGCGCACGCGCAGCUGCAGCUGCGGCACCUGCCCGCCUACCGCGCGCCCCGGGACAAGGUGGCGUGCGUGCUGCGCGCGGUGCGCUCGCUGGCGGCGACGCUGGCGCUGUCGGACGGCGCGCCGCCCACCGCCGACGACCUCACGCCCGCGCUCGUGCUCGUCAUCAUCAAGGUGAACCCGCCGUCGCUGCUGUCGACACUGGAGCUAGUGAACGCGCUGGGCGGCGCGGCGCUGACGGGCGAGGCGCUGUACUGGUGGACGCAGUUCUGCGCCGCCGUCGCCUACAUCAAGACCAUGGAUUACCCCGCGCCGCCCCCGCAGCCGGACUCCUAGCCCGAGCGGGCGCUGAUGUCAGCGCGAAUCAUCGAAACGAAAUUUUACCGCGGCAUCACACGCGGCAACCGUAGAAAUACAAUUUAAAUAAAAUAUUUAUAGUAAUAAAAAUAUUUAAAAAUUCUAAGGAUCAUUCAUACAACACGUUGCUUAACUGUUUCUAACGAAAAUGUAUAUCCUAACCGAGUAUAAUUCGAUAGUAUUUAUACGAAAA